CUGACGCUGCCGUCUUCAUUUCGCGUGUAACCGAAGAAUCGGGGGAAAGUGUUGUUGCGUGAUAAAACGUUGUGAACUUUUGAUGGCGCCAAAAAAGCGACCACGACGACACCUAGGCCAGGAGGCCACCACCACCACCGGCUUUGUUUUGGUGGCAAUUACCUGCAGCUUCAGCUCGCUGUUGUUGCUGCAGGGAGCUCCAGCCAGCCGCCGGUGGGAACCGGUACUUCGCAACUCCGUCCAUCAGGUUCCCACGAAAGAAAUGUUUGACUUUAUGCGACGCUACGGUUACCUUGAAAAGGGCCCCAGCCAGGCCGAAGCGCUGUACAGCGAGGAAGCAGUGGUGAUGGCCAUCAAGAACAUUCAACGGUACGGGGCACUGCCGGAGACAGGGGUGCUGGAUCCGAGGACGGUUCGGCUAAUGUCAGCCCCCCGCUGUGGUGUCGUUGAUCACAUGUCACAGGAACAAUCGAUGCGACACCGGAGAUACGUGAUAGGCUCGGAAAGUUGGAGGAAGCGAAAAAUCACCUAUUUCAUUGCCAACUGGAGUAACAAAGUAGGCGAAGAAUCGGUUGCCAAGUUCAUGCAGCGGGCCUUCAACGAGUGGGCCAAGUACAGCAACCUGAAGUUUGUCCGCGUUUACGACCCAUCGGCGGACAUCAUAGUGGGCUUCGGCAGCGGUCACCAUGGCGAUAACUACCCGUUCGAUGGUCCGGGGAAUAUUCUGGCGCACGCUUUCUACCCAUACGAGCUGCAAUCCUACGGAGGAGACAUCCAUUUCGACGAAGAUGAAAACUGGAAGGAGAACUCCACCCACCUCUCGGAUGGAGUUGACUUCUACUCUGUGGCGAUCCACGAGUUGGGCCACUCGCUUGGCCUGGCACACUCUCCGGUGUAUUCCUCGCUGAUGUUCCCAUACUACAAGGGAAUCACUCAAGGAACACUGGACUACGAUGACAUCCUGGCCGUGUAUAAGCUGUACAUUCAAAAUCCAUACAUCACCGAUGAACCCAUUAACUUCCCGACGGAAACUACCAACGCCAUCGACGAUGACGAUGACGAACAAGACUACGAGGAACGAACCCAGGUCACACCGGAACCCGUCCCACGCCUACCGGACUUUGUUACGGAAGCGAUGAGUCCUGAGGCCGACCCAGAACCACCAACCACCACCCAACUGUACGACGUUCCGAUCACGUAUGUCGGGGACUACACCACCGUCGACGAUCACAUGACGCGGCAUCACUACGAUGGAGUCACGAGACCCGAUUUGCCCGAGUUCACCCAGAUGCCCAAUGUCUGCGAGGGAAGCUUCGAUGCGGUGGGAGUACUCCGCGGAGAGGUGUUCAUCUUCAAGGGACCGUACCUGUGGCGGUUGACCGAGAAGUACCGGGUCCGGGAGGGCUACCCGGUGCGCAUUUGGCAGGUGUUCCGCGGGUUUCCCAGAGAUGUGCCGAGGAUCGAUGCCGUGUACGAGAGGGAGUCGGACAACGGUGUCGUGCUGUUUUCAGGCAAAAAAUACUGGAUCUUCGACGGACUGAACUUCCUGCACCCGGAAGCUCGAUCGAUAACGGAUUUCGGUUUACCCGAUACCUUGGAAAAGGUCGACGCAGCCAUGGUUUGGUUCAAAAACCAGAAGACCUACAUCUUUGCCGGUGAUCAAUUCUGGCGGUACAAUGACACGGCCAGCGCGGUGGACGACGGCUACCCAAUGUCGAUGGACCGAUGGUAUGGCAUUCCCACUAAUCUGGACGCAGCCACUUCCGUCGCCAGUGGGAAAACGUACUUCUUCAAGGGAAACUACUACUGGUUGUACAACAACGAACGGGUCCGUCCGGAGCGGGGCUACCCACGGAAGGCGAGCAAUAUCUGGCUCGGAUGUCGAGUUGCCUGAGAGGAGCUCCGCUAGUCGU